AUGCCGUUUUGUAACCGAGAAUACUACGAUAUGACUCGUCACUACGGUGUCAAACAGAGCAACCUGAUUGCGUGUUUCGUCGUGAUCAACGAUCCACAUGAGAAGGACUCUCCUUCGGCUCAUCAAUCCAAUACGUCUUCAAACCGGACAUCCUGA